CGUAAUACUAUCGCAUAUUAUCUCACAAACAAAACCCUCAAGUAUAGGACAUGUGGGUCAUAAGUGGCUACUAAUGAGCUUUAAAAUUGUAUAUAAGAUGUCAGAAUUUUCAUUGUUUAUGAGAAAUUUGUGUUUGUACUGAACUUGCCCCUAAAAGAAAACAUGAAAGUAGCAACCCUAUUCGCGGUACUAUGCGCCGCAUUCGCCCUCUCCGAGGCUACGGUCACCUUCACCAUCACCAACAAAGAUGGCGGACCGAUCUGGGUGGGUAUCCAGGGCAACCCCGGCAAAGAGCACCUCUCCAAUGGUGGAUUCAAGCUUGAACAGGGCGCAUCCAAAUCCCUCUCGGCUGCGGAUGAUUGGGCGGGUCGUUUCUGGUCCAGAACCUGGUGCUACGAAGACAGAGGUAACCACUGCCUCACCGGUGAUUGCGGUAAUAAAGUGGAGUGCGCAGGCGCGGGAGGUACCCCUCCAGCCACCCUUAUCGAGUUCACUCUUAACGGUUACGGUGGUAUUGACUACUACGACAUUUCCCUUGUAGAUGGUUAUAAUACCAUGGCUUCGGUUGAGCCUGUUGGGGGUAGCGGAGACGGCGGUCAAUACAGUUGCAAGAAAGCCCAGUGUGCCAGCAACAUCAACAGCAUCUGCCCCUCAGAGUUGCAAAUCUACAACGACGACAGGUCUCAAGUUAUCGCUUGUAACUCAGCUUGUAACGCUUUCCAUACAGACGUCUAUUGUUGUUCUGGCACCCAUAAUACACCGGAGACUUGUAAGAGCUCUGAUUGGCCCACUGACUACCCAAGUAUGUUUAAAAACGCAUGCCCAGAUGCUUAUAGUUAUGCUUAUGACGACCACAAGAGUACCUUUACUUGUAGCGCCAAACAAUAUAACAUUAAUUUUGGAGCUGCUUAAAAUAUUAUAUUAUAAUUAUUAGUGAAUAUAUUGAUCUGUUGCUAAAUAAA